AUGUAUGCCGAAAGCAAUGGAUUUCAGUCUCCUGUAAUGAAUCCUAUAUCAAAUGACUACGAGAUUGGCAUGGAUCCCGCAUCAUGUAUAAUUUUCAGCUCGGAUUAUCAAAAAAACGAUGAGAUCGUUAAAAUGUUGGAUAGCUCCAAAGAAAAUCUAAAACUAUUAGCGAUGCGUCGAAUUAUUUCUAUGGUCGCCAGGGGUAAGGAAUGCUCUGAUCUAUUUGCAGCUGUCGUUAAAAAUGUCGUUUCCAAAGAUCCCGAGAUUAAAAAGUUAGUAUAUGCGUAUCUCGUUCGCUACGCCGAGGAACAGCAAGAUCUUGCUCUGCUUUCAAUUUCGACAUUUCAAAGAUCCCUGAAGGUCCGAUUUUGCGUUUAUAUUGUUAUUGUCCAUAGGUGUGAAGAACGUAAUUUUGAAUCGUUUGUCUAUUUGAAGGAUGCAAAUCAAUUGAUUAGGGCUUCCGCUUUGAGAGUUCUUUCUUCAAUUCGAAUCCCUGUUAUUGCGCCAAUUUUAAUGCUGGCUGUUCGUGAUGGUUCGGUUGAUCUGUCGCCUUACGUCCGAAAAACAGUCGCCCAUGCUAUUCCCAAACUCUACAGUUUGGAGCCAGAUGAGAAGGAGUCCCUGAUUGAAAUAAUUGGUAAAUUAUUGGAGGAUAAAUCCACGGCUGUGGCAGGAUCUGCUGUACAAGCAUUCGAGGAGAUUUGCUCUGAACGCCUUGACCUAAUCCACAAGCACUAUCGAAAACUCUGCAGUCUGCUGAUGGAUGUGGACGAAUGGGGUCAGAUUGCCAUAAUCAAUAUGCUAACCAGAUACGCCAGGACCCAAUUUCCUGAUCCGAAGACCUUUAUGACGUCAUCUAUGGAUGACGCCACCACUGGUGGUAGUAGUAGUAGUAAGUCCAAUGAAAUCCAAAAGUUCACGAAACUCAACGAUAGUGGUAAAGGGAACGAAACUGAAGAGGACACAGAUGAAGAGGACAAUUCCUUGGAAGAAAUGAAUGCAGUGAACGGCAUCAGUAAUCGUGAACACGCAGAGUUGCUUCGAUCCGACUACCGACUUCUUAUUACUAGUUGUCGACUUCUUUUACUUAGUCAUAACGCUGCUGUUGUUUUAGCUGUAGCUCAGCUCUUCUACCAUUGUGCGUCAAAAGAAGAAAUGCCUACCGUUGUACGAGCUCUGAUGCGCAUUAUGAAGACAUCGAGGCGAAACGAUAUCUUAGCAACGACCGGGGUUGAUCUCAGAUUUGACUUUCAGGCAUAUGUAGAUUCAUCCGAUCAGGAAUUUGUGCUUGCAGCGAUUCAGUCCAUCGGUCGUUGCGCCAGUAUGGUUCCACAAAUUUCUGAAACCUGUCUUCGAGGUUUGCUGCGCCUAAUGUCUCGCAAAAAUGAGAGCCUUGUUGGCGAAAGCGUUGUAGUGAUGCGAAAACUACUUCAGAUGCAAACUACAGAUCACAAGGACAUAAUUCUACACUUGGCACAAAUGGUGGAGGAAAUCAGCAUUCCCUCUGCAAGGGCGUCUAUCCUUUGGCUUUUAGGCGAGUAUGGGCACCGAGUUCCCAAAAUUGCUCCGGAUGUGCUCAGAAAGAUGGCGAAAACGUUCUCCAAGGAACACAUAUCUGUAAAGAUUCAAGUUCUGAAUCUCGCAGCUAAGCUGUGCAUUGUUAAUCCAAAGCAGUCCCUUCUUUUAGCGCAAUACGUUUUCACUCUUGCGAAGUAUGAUCAAAACUAUGAUAUCCGAGAUAGAUCUCGAAUGUUCAGGGCCCUCAUAUUCCCUAAAAAUGCUGAUUCCUCAAAUCCUGAUGCAAUUUUUUUGGCUAAAAACGUAAAGAAAAUUCUUUUGGCUACAAAACCAGCUCCUGUGCUAAGAUCAACUUUUGCUGAUCGGCCCCCAUUCCGAGUUGGUACGAUGUCCCAAUUACUGGGUCGUGAGAUUACCAAUUACGUAGAGUUGUCCGAAUGGCCAGAGCUUCCGCCAGAUCCUACCAGCCGCCAAGUCGUCACCUUCCCAGUUGGCUCCUACUCGACUUCUAACUACUCAACUGAAGGAAGAAGUUUCUCCAUCAGUGAACAGGAGACUGAAGAUGAAACUGAGGAAUCCUCUACAGAAGUCGAAAAUUCAAGCACCGAUGAGGAAGAAAGUGAAGAAGACGUAAGCUCUGAGGAGGACGGGCAAGAAUGGGAUGAGGAUGAAGGGAUCACUGGCAAAGUAAAAAUGGACAAGAACGGGGUUUCUAGUCAUCAACGUAGCGCUUCUCAAACAAAGUCUGAUUUUGACACCAGAUCUUCUGAAGAAGGCUCUCAUAGUCCUCUUCGCAUAGUUUCAUCGGAAUCAUCAUUGGAAACAGAGGACGAUGACGUUGUGAGUGAGGAUGAAGGUGCCAAAGGGCCUCCUGUGUCAAUGGAGAAAAAGAAGGAAAAUGGGAUGCCUGUAGAUUUACUUCUUUUAGAUUUAGAUAUUCCGUCUGUCCCGUCUAUGGAAAGUGCAAUGAGUGCUUUGGCAGACCCACUUAUCCCUACUCCUGUCGCCACUUCCAUUGCUCCCCAAGAAUCCGCUCUACCGUCCGGUGAAUCCAAAAUUGAGGUAUGCCUAAGUCAUAUUUUUUCUUAUGAGAUUGCCUCUCCGGAAUGGUUUUACAUAACUUCGGCCUAUGCAGAACCUCUUUUAGUGGAAGGUCGUUUCAUUCGAACAGCGAGUGUUCCCCCAAGUUCUCACUUACGGACAGAUGUGGAACUCCGACUCACCAAUCGUAGUGUUGCACCCGCCGUGCGUCUUCUCCGUCUUCGCACGGAUGAAACGUCGUUUAAUAAGGGAUCAGGAACUUUCAAGUCAGUUCAUUGUGUGGAGUCUUUCGGAGAAGUCGCCGCACUUGAUGUGGGUUCCAGCACUAACGUAUUUCUGGGAAUUAAUUUCUGCAAUUCUACACAACCUCUCUGUCUUAACCUUCGCUAUCAAGUCGAAGCCUUGGAUGGCAAUAGCGGUUUUGAGAGCCAAAAAGUGGAAGCCCAAGAUGAAGUGUACCGCAAGAAACCCCCUCUUCAUGAAGAAGCUAUAACCCUAGAGAUUAGGCCAACCGUUGGUGAGCUCUUCCAACCCCUUAAUAUAUCACCUAAUGAAUUCGUCAUUAAACAAGCCUCUCUUCGAGGAAUGCAUGAGACGAACAAAUUAUUUAUCAUCCCAUCUGGGGACAAUUCCAAAUUUAUACUUACGUCAAUAAAGCAAAUACUGAAACGGGCAAAUCUUGCUCUAAUUGGUGCCUUUAAGCGCUCCGAUUCUACUCAUUUGCGAUUUGCCGGUGUUACUACUGCUGAUAACACUUGCUGCCUUGUUGAAGUAACCGCCAAACUCGACAGCAAUGAAGGCAAUCUCCGAGUGAAUACUGAAGCCGUUGCUCUGGGCAUCCAGUUAGCUGAGGACUUAUGGCUUCAUGGAAAAAUAUCCCGUGAUGUGACCGAGAGCAUUUUGCAAGGCGAACCACUUGGAAGCUUUCUUGUUCGUGAGUCUGGUCGUUUUGCGGGCGAUUAUACCCUUUCUGUUGUUGCUCCCGAUCCUUUUGAUGCUAAAUUUAAUAACAAUUCAGAAGCGCCUGUCCAACAUUAUCACAUUUAUUCAGUCGACGGUCUAGACGGUAUUGACUCCUCGCGCUUUUUCUCUCUUGAUAAAAAGGAUGUUUUCCCCAGCUUACGAAAACUUGUCGAGCAUUAUAAAAUUGCCGAUCGUGGAUUGGCUUAUCCUCUCACUAAACCGAUUUUCGAUACGGAGAGAAUCUGUUUACAGCGGCUUAGGGACCAUCACUGGGUCCCUAGGGAGAGCUUGAUUUUUGGUCAAAAUAUUGGUCAUGGUGAAUUUGGUGAAGUGUUGAGGGCCAGGUAUGAGGAUCGCGAGGUAGCUGUAAAGCGGUACAAGGCAUCAGCUCGGCGUCAGCUGAUUUACGAAGCGUAUGUCAUGUCGUAA